AUGGAAAAUGUUGUCGAUGUUGAGUAUUCGCCUAGUUUGUGGUCCUAUAAUAGUCUGCUUCUGGUCUGCUUAUUAACGACUAGUGUGAACAGCUUGGCCUGUCUGCGAGACAACCUCAGGAUCCCUGUUCUUGAAAACAAGGGAGUAGAACUGCUGAAAAAAGGCGGUGCGGUUGUCUUCCCUGGAUUUUUCCAUUGAAACCUUGUAACUGUGACUGACGAAAGGGAGGAGCGGCUUAACCAGAACGCGAAAUGGCUUGCAGAACGGUUUCAAGGUCGUUGAGAUGAAGAUCUGUCAGGAGAUUACUGCUUGUGAUUGAGCCGAGAAGAUACAACUCAACAUAAAAGUCUCCCGAAAUAUUAUUUUCUUUUGCUG